AUGACGUCCCUCUCCUCGUUCGCGGCCGCGGCGCGCGCCACCUUCCUCCCUUCCUCCUGCCGCGCGCGGCCGGCGGGCGGCAGGAGGUCGCAGCUCCUCGUGACCCGCGCGGCAGCGUCCAGCCCCAAGCUCCCCGGCGGGCGGAAGCUGCGGGUGGCGGUCGUGGGAGGGGGCCCCGCGGGCGGCGCGGCCGCGGAGGCGCUGGCCAAGGGCGGCGUCGAGACGGUGCUCAUCGAGCGCAAGAUGGACAACUGCAAGCCGUGCGGCGGGGCCAUCCCGCUCUGCAUGGUGUCCGAGUUCGACCUGCCGCUGGACCUCGUCGACAGGAGGGUCACCAAGAUGAAGAUGAUUUCGCCCUCCAACGUCGCCGUCGACAUCGGCCGCACGCUCGCGCCGCACGAGUACAUUGGCAUGGUCAGGCGCGAGGUGCUCGACGACUUCCUCCGUAACCGCGCGCAGAAGGCCGGCGCCGAGGUCCUCAAUGGCCUCUUCCUAAGGUAUGAGGCGCCCAAGGAGCGCAACGGCACGUACACGGUGCACUACAACCACUACGACAGCUCCAACGGCAAGGUGGGCGGCGAGAAGCGCUCGUUCGAGGUGGACGCGAUCGUGGGCGCGGACGGCGCCAACUCCCGCGUGGCCAAGGACAUGGGCGCGGGCGACUACGAGUACGCCAUCGCGUUCCAGGAGCGCGUCAAGAUCCCCGACGACAAGAUGCGCUACUACGAGGAGCGCGCCGAGAUGUACGUCGGCGACGACGUGUCCCCCGACUUCUACGGCUGGGUGUUCCCCAAGUGCGACCACGUCGCCGUCGGCACCGGCACCGUCACCCACAAGGCCGACAUCAAGAAGUUCCAGGCCGCCACGCGCCUCCGCGCCAAGGACAAGAUCGAGGGCGGCAAGAUCAUCCGCGUCGAGGCUCACCCCAUCCCCGAGCACCCCAGGCCCAAGAGGGUGUCGGGGCGGGUGACGUUGGUGGGCGACGCGGCGGGGUACGUGACCAAGUGCUCCGGCGAGGGGAUCUACUUCGCGGCGAAGAGCGGGCGGAUGUGCGCGGAGGCGAUCGUGGCCGGGUCGGCGAACGGGACGCGGCUGGUGGACGAGAGCGACCUGCGCAAGUACCUGGCGGAGUUCGACCGGCUCUACUGGCCGACGUACAAAGUGCUGGACAUCCUGCAGAAGGUGUUCUACCGCUCCAACGCGGCGCGGGAGGCGUUCGUGGAGAUGUGCGCCGACGACUACGUGCAGCGGAUGACCUUCGACAGCUACCUCUACAAGCGCGUCGUGCCGGGCAACCCCAUCGAGGACAUCAAGCUCGCCGUCAACACCAUCGGCAGCCUCGUCAGGGCCACCGCGCUGCGCCGGGAGAUGGGGAAGCUCACCUUGUGA